AUGAAUAAUCUAACAGACCUUUGUCAAAAUAUUCAAGUAAGAUUAUCCAAAGCUACUUCGAAUUCAUGUGAAGCUACUGGUGAAGAAAGUGCAUUGUAUAAUCUGAAUCUUCGAAUUGUUUCCAUUUUUGUUUUACUCGUUGUCUCUCUUCUUGGUGCUUCAAUCGCCGUAGUUUCAGCCAGUAUCAAACGCUUACAUAUACCAUCAACAAUUAUUAAUACAGGAAAAUUUUUCGGCACUGGAGUAAUACUUGCUACUGCAUUCAUUCAUAUCUUGCCAGCAGCUAUGAAUGCAUUGACAGAUGAAUGUCUGCCGGAAGAUUGGAAAGAUUAUGAAGCUUAUGCAGGUGUAUUUGCUAUGUUGGCUAUACUGGCCAUGCAACUCAUUGAAUUCAUUGCGCAUCAUCAAUUACACAGGGUAACUAUUCACGAGACAAAAGUCGUAGUUGAAGAGACUCAGGCACAACCUACUAUAAUACCUGUUGAAAGCAGUCAACAACAUGGUCAUAGCCAUGGUUUAUCACUACUACAAGAUAGUCAUAAUCAUCGUAUCACUACCUAUUUACUUGAGUUUGGUAUUGCUGCACAUUCAGUUCUCAUUGGUCUAGCAUUGGGCACUAAUGAUGGUUCACGUUUUGUAGCUCUUUUUAUUACACUUUGUUUUCAUCAAUUUUUUGAAGCCAUUGCACUUGGUGCACAAAUUUCACAACUCGAUAAUAAAUCAGUGUUACCAGCUAUUUUCAUGGUGAUAUUUUUCGCUCUCACUACCCCAGUCGGUAUUGCAAUCGGUAUUGGCGUUCAUUUGAAUACAUACAAUCCAAAAUCAUUGGCUGCACUAGUGGCAACUGGUGUUUUGGAUUCAGUUUCAAGCGGUAUUUUGAUCUAUGUCGCUUUGGUCAAUUUCAUGGCUGGUGAAAUGGGUGUCGGAGCACCUGGAUUUUUUCAAUUGAAAAAACGUGUGAAAUUUUUAUAUUUUGUCGCUUUGUAUCUUGGUGCAACGUUUAUGGCAAUUCUUGGACGAUGGGUAUAG